ACGCAGGCGGCGCCGCAGCGAGGUUUGCUCGCUGGAGAGCCAGGGACGAUGGCGCAGAACUUGUAUGGCCCGCGAGUCCGGAUGGGCAACUGGAACGAGGACGUCUACCUGGAGGAGGAGCUCAUGAAAGACUUCUUGGAGAAGAGGGAUAAGGGACAGCUUCUCAUACAGAGAAACAGAAGACUAAAAGAGAAUCUUUUGAGACAGAUGCAGCUCUCCAUAUCUGAAGAUGGAUGCAUUCACUACGGCGACAAAGUGAUGCUUGUGAAUCCCGACCAUCCGGAGACAGAAACUGCUCUGUUUCUGGGCGGGGACCUGAGCCUGUGUGUGACUCCGGAUGAAGUUAAAACCCAUCUGAGUGACGAGUUAGAGGUGCCCUGUGGCCUGAGCGCAGCUCCAGCCAUGGUCCCGGUCGGCAGAAACACUUUCAUCAUUUUGAGUGCAGACAGAGACGCCGUCGGUCAAGUUCUUAGAUACGGGCAGAACUUUUGCCUCGGGAUAACAGGAGGAUUUGAAGACAAAAUGUUAUAUUUAUCAAGUGACCACAGGACCCUACUGAAGUCGUCGAAGAGGUCUUGGCUCCAGGAAGUGUACCUGACAGACGAGGUCUCCUACCUGAGCUCCUGGCAGGCUGCCUUCCCCGACCCCCAGCUGCGCCUGGAAUACGAAGGCUUCCCGGUUCCGGCAAAUGCAAAAAUUCUCAUCAAUCACUGCCACACGAAUCGGGGGCUGGCGGCUCACCGGCAUCUUUUCUUAAGAACCUAUUUUGGAAAGGAAGCUGAGGUCGCGGCUCACACAUAUCUGGAUUCACACAGAGUUGAAAAGCCGAAGAACCACUGGAUGCUGGUGACUGGGGAUCCCAGGAAAGACUCCUCCACCAUGCUGGACCUGCCCACACCGGGGGCUGAGGACUCACGAGCCCUAGAUCGGGCGGCAGACCCGGGGGCGCAGUGACACACUGGGGCGCGCGUCCAGUGGGGCCGAGACAGCAACCGCCUGGUGGUGCCUCCAGCUGUGUUGAAGUAAGGCACAGAACUCUUUGCACACUGUGUUAGAACGAAGGCUCUAUGAAGAUUAUUGAAUUAGCGGUGGGGGUCUAGGACACAGAAAAAAAUCAGCUCUUGGGAACAGUUCAUAAACAGUACUUGAAGGCGACAGAUGAUAUACCUAUGUCGAUAGCAAAUUCUGGAGAACUCAGCUUCCUCUGUUUAGAUCCUGUGUAGCGGCAGCUGCCCCAGAGCCUAUGUGUUACUUUUUAAAGCUAUGUCUAUGUAGUAAAGCCAUUGGAACUGGACUGAAUUUUUGGCCACUGCCCACCCCCGCCCCAGUGUGUUAAGAAGUCAACAAGGUGUAGCUGUGAGCUGUGGCCUUACCUUGGAGUUUAACAUUUUCCCCCUUGUAUUUUCAUUUCUACCUCUGGCUUCGGGGAUCAGGACCUCCACUUGAUGAGUCACUUGUUAUUUUGUAAUGAUUUUCCGAAGGCAGAAUCUCUUUAUUGCCACCUCGUCUCCAAAACUGGCAUGUUAGUUGUGGCGCCUGUGUGGUCAGCAAGUUCCUGACGAAAUAAAUAUGUAUCCUUCUGUGUAUUCCUUCACCUAUUCAUUCUUCGUCAAGUGCCUGUGAUGUUGAAGGUGUUGUAAUGGGAUGAAGAGA